AUGAGUUUCAAUAAUAAAGUAGUGAUAGUGACGGGAGCCAGCUCUGGUAUCGGAGCUGCCGUGGCGAAGGAGUUCAGUUCAGAGGGAGCUCAGGUUGUGAUGGUUGGACGGAACGAGGCCAAGUUGUCAGCUGUGGCCGCCGAGUGUGACAAACCACUCGUCAUACGAGCUGAUGUAGCUAAUGAUGAUGACGCGCGGAGAAUUAUAGAUGAAACUAUUAAGCAAUUUGGUAAACUGGACGUGCUGGUGAAUAACGCGGGCCUCGGAAGCAAUACCUCUUGUAUUCUGGAAGGUGACAUUAUGAAUGAAUACGAUAAUCUAAUGCGUGUGAAUCUCCGCGCCGUGAUCCAUCUGACGAAACUUGCUGCACCUCAUUUGAUAAAAACUAAAGGCAACAUUGUAAACAUUUCGAGCGUUGGAGGAUCAAUAACACCGAAAUUACCAAAUUUUAUAAGUUACUGUGUCACUAAGGCUGGUUUGAACCAUUUCUCCGCUUGUGCAGCCUUAGAGUUGGGUCCCAAGGGUGUACGAGUUAACACUAUCAGCCCAGGACCUGUCAAAACAAGUUUGAUAGACAGAUCAAAUAUACCGCUGACUUGGAAUGAACUAGAGAAUGCAACGAUAUUGAAAAGAUUAUCUGAACCACGAGAGAUAGCACAUUUGGUUUUAUUUUUGGCUAGCGACAAAGCUGUAGGAAUAACUUCUUCUAAUUACAUCAUCGACAACGGGGCGAGCAACUAUCAUUAA